CACCUAGGGCGCAAGCCGGAGGGCUGAGUCAGAACAAAGUUGUGAAUAAGAACUGUUCAGUUAGAGCCGAGGCCAUUGCCUAAAUAGGGGCUACCUUUUUUGUACUCUGAGUGAGAUCCCCAGUUUUGAAGAUAUUCGUUUCUGAUUGAUGGUAUUUGGAAUCUCAGCUUGAAUUCGGAAUUUGUCUCUUCUGAAAGCUUAUCUUUCCAAUUGAUCAUUUUCAGAUUGUGUUCUAAUUAUGGCCAAUUCCGACCAAAACCCACCGUUAGACCCAAACGACGAGCGUUCGGCCCCUCAAUCCUUCGAGCCACUUGCUACGUAAGAAGUGGAGGUAGGCCAAGACGCUGUGUUCAAUUUCAAUCAAGUUGAGAUGACGAACGAGUUAUACGCGAGCCAGGCGGAGUUGGAAAUCGUCGGGCCAAUAUGGCAGGAUGCGAUUUGCCAAGAAAACCCGCUGGCCUCUGCCGACCAAAUCAAGGCGAUGUUGGCCCUCAAGCUGCAAGAGGCAGCGUAUUCAAUUCCGGUCAGGCGUGUGGCUGAAAAGGGGUUCAAGGAUGAGGUCGCCUUGUGUCAAAGAACCUUGGAUAGCCUUCGUCGCGUCAUCCUAGUCCUGCAGAACAAGGAGGGGUCUGAUCUAACUGCCCGGAUUGAAUUUUUUCAAGCCUCUGCCACAAUCGACGCCAUGAAAACUAGUCGGCUGCCUAAUCUGGAGUCAUGUUUCCAAGACGUCACCCAGUCGUGGUUCAAGCCGUCUCCAGACCCGCUCACAGAGACGUUUUCGGAUUUAGCUGACAAGUUUUCUCACUUGGCGGCCCUUCUUGAUUAUGAGCGGACCAUGAGGCCCGCUAUGAAGGAGCCAAAGGAGGACUCUGAUACGACUGUCAGUCGGAACGCCAUGACCAUGGUCCAAUUCGAUGCGACCAAGCUCAUCGGCAAACGAUUCGGUGGUGAUCUCCGCAAGCAGAGCGUACUCCAGAACUUUUCGAAUUGGAAGUCGUCUUGGGUGAACCUUGUGAAUGAAAUGAAGACUCUUCGUGGCUACAAUUCAAUAACGUUGUUCCAGAAGCUGAAGGACAGUUUGGUGGGCCCGGCCCACGUCAUGGUGUCUAAGUAUUCUUGCGAGUCGGUCAACUCGUACGACGCUGCUAUGCAGGAUCUUCUGGACAAAUUUGAAGAUCCGAUUGAGUUGGCCGGCUCUUACAUUGCUAGCGCAGUUGCUCCUCACGUUUCUCAACCAGAGCAUGCAGAGGCCAUAGGCCACGCCUUCAAUGCGCUGCACAAUAUGAGGGACGUGUUCGAGAGGGCCCAAGUUGGCAUGUACGACUUUGCCCUAAUGAGAACUUUCGUGACCUCAAUGUCAUUAGAGGCCCAGGCCCAAUGGAAAGGUUACAAAAUGGCCAAGAAGCAAGAGUAUCGCUUGAAGUGGGAAGCUGCGUCAAAGGCUGGUGAUUCCCUGCCAGAAUGGAAAGAAGGAAUGGUCGAGUGUCAUGAUCAGUUCCAGGCGUGGCUGAAACUUCAGACGGUCAGAGUGGGUCCACCCACAAUUGCCUCUGAAC